UACUUCCUGUAUUGGUUCUAGCUACGUUCAGAAAGAUAAUACGAAAACAAGAUCAAUCAUUUUUACGUUUUCAAACGUCUCCUCACAUUUUUUGCUAGAGUAUAGUGUGUUAUAACCUCAUAUUUAAUGACAAAGCAGUAUGGACGGUCGCUGUUUUUGCUGCGCAUCUAAGUUUUCUCUAUUCAAAAAAGAGCUGGGCUGUAAAAACUGCGGGCGAUCGUUUUGUCCCAGCUGUUUGGCGUUUAGUGCUGUUGUGCCUCGCUGCGGAAACACUCAGCAGAAGGUCUGCAAGCAAUGUCACGGUAAUCUGACAAGUGGAGAACCUCCGAGCAAUGCUGGAAGAUGGUCCCCACCAGAAAAUUACAAGAAGCGUGUCGCUGCCCUUGAGGCCAAACAACAAGGACAGUCUGUAAAAUCUGCUGCACAUGAAGGGAGCAGCAAAGUGGGUCAUCUACCAUUCAAAGGUUUAAGUAAAGAAGAUCAGGUUAUUGCUGAGCGACUUCAAAGAUUAAAAGAGGAGACUAAACCAAAGCCUCCUCCCUCUCAGAGUGAGCUCGAGUCUCGCCUUGCUGCUCUCAAAGCACCCAGCCAGCCAGUGCCUUCCACAGAGGACAUGGAGGACCGUCUGGCUGCUCUACGGGGUCAACCACCUCCAUCUCAAGCUCCUCCUCCUGUUCACCAGCCUCCUGAUAAACGCACUCAGACUGAACAAGCUAACGAUUUGAUCACUCAGAUGACAGAGGAAGUUUCCAUCGACAACCAGCAGUUAAACCCCGAACAAAACAUAGAUAGCCAUAUGAAUGAUCUGAACAAAGGGGAAGGUGCAACAUGGGAUGAGAACUUAGAGGAAAAUCAGCAGACGGUGAAACAUUUGGAGGCUGAUAAAGACCGUCUUCUCGAGGAGGCAAUGCAGGAGCUGAGGAAGGAGCAACAUUCCCAAGAGCAGAUCCUCCAUAUGGCAAAGAGGCUGGCGGAGCUCAAGGGGCAAGACCCUGAAAAAGUCACAAUGGAAGACUUCCAGCGUCCCGACAGCGACGAGGAGACUGAAGAAGAAGCUGUGAGAAGAAUCUUGAAGCAGCUUUCAGAAGAGACUGCUCUCGAUGAAGCUAGUGGCUACAACAUACCUUUGGAGCAGAGUGGCCCCAGGAACACAGAAGAGAAAAAAAAGUCUAAGAAAUCAAGUGUAGCUCCUGCUCCCAAGAGCAGAGUUUCACCUGCUGCCGUCAUGCAUCAGCCAUCAGACAGCGAUGAAGAAGAGCUUCCAUGGUGCUGCAUCUGCAACCAAGAUGCCAGCCUUCGCUGUCACACGUGUGAUGGAGAUCUGUACUGCAACCGCUGCUUCCGGGAAGGCCACGAUAAAUAUGACAGAAUGGAGCACCGGACUACCAAGUACACAGCACCAAAGAAGAAGAGGAAGACGUGAUAGUGAAGCUCGUUGCCUUUUUGCGUCGCUGGUCUUUCAUGACUGUAAGGCUAGCUCUUUAGUCCUUAAGUGUCCUGUUAUUGUUGCUAAAGUAGAACCUUAAAAAUGUAGACACUACAUUUAUAUAAAGCGAUGCAGAUCCUGCUAUAACCCAUUAAUUUGGAGUCCUUUGCAGAAAGAGCUGUGCAUACUUUCUGUUCUUUCUGUAACCCAGCUUAACCUCAACAUAUUUUUAAUAAGCCCUUAAAAAGCCCACACGAACCAAACCAAAAAUGGCUCAGAGAUUGAAGAUAGUAAAAGUAGGUUUGCUGUUGUAACAUGACCACACAGCUGCUGCAAACAGCAAAAAUAAAAGCUGUCAAACGGAUUUCUUUUAUUA